CACGCAUUUCGUUUUACUUAAUUCACCACGCUAAAUAAAGUCAAGUUUAUUUAAAAAAUAUAUUAUAUUCGUUCCUUAUGUCCGAUAAGCUGGAUAUUAUUGUGUUCGGGGCCACAGGCUACACUGGCAAACUGACCUGCAAGUACCUGAACCAGCUGAAGCCCGGCACAUGUAUUUGGGGGAUUGCGGGGCGCAGCAAGGAAAAGUUGGAUGAUCUCGCGAGGGAACUGAAGAAGGAUCAGCUGCCGAUAUUCGUUGUGGACCUCAGCAAGCCCGAAACAAUCGACGCAAUGUGCCAAAGGGCCAUCUGCAUCAUAUCAUGCGCUGGUCCUUUCAUCCGAGUGGGCAUGCCCGUCGUGGAGGCGUGCAUGCGUCAGCGAACACACUACAUCGACUCUACAGGCGAGUACCCCUUUGUGCGCCUUGUGUCGGAGCGCUUCCACAAGGAGGCGAAGGAAAAGGGGAUCGCGCUGGUUUGCUCCUGUGCCUUUGACAGCGUCCCUUCGGACCUCGGGAACUAUGUCGUUCACCAGGAAGCCAAAGAACCCUUGACGAAAGUCGAAGCAGUCUACGAAGUGAAAUCCGCAGGGCUCUCGUCUGGAACCUUGCAUACCAUGCUAGAACUGGGUGCCUACAUGAAACAAGAGGACUUAUCGCCCUGCAGUUUGAUACCCGAAGGCGCAGUGCAGCCCAUCGCGGCGCAAACCUGUCGCGGAAUGUCAUACAACUCAACGGUGGGAAAAUGGACGGGGCCGUUCUUUAUGGCGCCUUCCAACGAGCGCAUUGUGCGGCGGAGCAACGCCCUUUCAGGAUCUACCUCCAGUUAUCUUGAGUCGAUGGCGGGGAGCUUCUUCGGUCUCCUCUCCGCGCGUAUUAAGAGUGGCAUAUUCAAACUCUCUCUGGCCAUUCCGUUCACUCGGGAGCGUAUCAUAAAGAGCUUCCCCAAGGACGUGGCGCAUGGGCCUGAUGACGAAACUAAGAAGGCGUCGGAAUUCAAAUGCACCUUUGUGGGGAUCACCGAGUCUGGAAAACAAGUCGUGACCGAGCUCGCAUCCGACUUCGAUAUGUACGACAUAUCGGGUGUACUUCUGUCUGAGUGUGCCCUCUGCACCUGCAAUCUGGCUAAGAAUAACAAAAUAAAGGGAGGAGUGCUCACUCCUGCCUUCGCUUUCGGGGAAGAGCUUCUGAAGCGCGCGCCUGAAAUCGGGAUAAAAAUCACAACCAAAAUCGAGAAUCCAAAAUAAUGAAACAAAUAACUCUAUAUUUUAUCUGUUCAUUUAUACAAUUAUAACCCUUAAUAGAAAAAGCAAGAAAAUGCUAGGAAAUUUAUAACCAUUGAUUUCUAAUGCUUAUGGUAGUAGUAAUACCAAUAAUAGUAAUAAUAUGAGAGGCAAUCGUUUUUAUCUCUUUCGCCGGAACAGAGCAUACCUAUGGGCUGUGUGUUCAAUGGCCCAUCAUUUCUAUUAUUUUUGUUGCUUCUAUUGUCAGAAUAUCAAAGUCGACUAAUUGAUUUAAUCUUGGAUCGCAAUGAAUUCCUCAAGGUGAAACUCUACGAUAGG